AUGUUUUGCAUCUUGUUCGCCCACUCUUCAUUCAGGGUGAUUCGAACCAGGGGAGGAUCUUCCACCUUUAAGGUCAUAGCACCAGUACUUGAACGCUUACUCUUACUGCUCUUCUCAGGUUCACCUCUUUUGGAUGCCCUGAGGUUUGAAGUCAUUUGUUUAUCACAGAACAAGUCCCCCUCAGUCACUGCCAUAGUUGACCCUCUCUUCCAGAUCCUCGCUUCUAUGAGCCAAAUCACUCUCCUCGGGAGUUCUCUCCUUGACUACACCCUCCUCGGCUUUGUUACCCAAACACUCAUCCUGAGCAAUCUCUUCCGGUUCAGCAGUGUCCAGAUCUGGCAUCUUUGCCUCUUCUUGUUCAGGGUCCUCUAG